AUGAGGUUUCUUGUUGAGUCUCCGGUGGAGUUUCCAGCGGUGAGGUUUCUUGCUGAGCCACUGGUGGAGAUUCUGUUAGAGUGGGAGCAGAAGCUUGACGAUUUCCGAAAGCUUGAAAUUGUUGAUGUACUAGCUAAGAGACGGUCCAGUGUAAUCCACUGUUUUUUGUUGAGUCGGGGUCUUUUCCGACUUGUAGGAGCAUAG